UACUGGAGGGAUCCCUGACAGUUAGAAGCCUUUAUAAACCUUGAAUCCACUACAAGUUUGCAUUUCCAGGAAGCAGGAAAAUUCUCUACAACAAAAGUGUGAUCAAAUUAAGAUCCACGUCUGUAGCACAAUACAGUACACAAUAUGAGCUUGGUUCAUUUUCAGUGAUGAGGCCCUGUACCCCAUUUACAGCUUAUACUUCAUUGUAUCAGGUGGAGUUAUUCACCAGCUAUAGAGUGAGUUGUUGUUUAUGUUUCUAAGACUGCAGGGUGGGAGAUGCAACAAUGUCCUUGAGAACAGCAGGAAGUGUGUUGGUGGUCUUUCUCUGGUCUGUAGCAGUGGUACUGGGUCAGGAUGUCUGGAGUGUGACAUACUCCACUCAGAGUAUCUGUACCUUGAAGGGGUCAUCAGUGGAUCUGUUCUGCUUUUACACAUAUCCCAGUGGUACAGUCACAACAACCUUCUGGUUCACUAAAAUUGUAAAUCUGAGAGACGACCCAGACUACAAAGGUCGUGUGACGUACCGUAGUGAUAGGAUGAAUGUCCACACCCUGAAAAUCACAGACCUGAGGGAGAGGGACUCAGCUGAGUACAAGUUCAGAUUUAUAACAGAUCAGACUGGAGAGAAAUAUACUGGUGAUCCUGGAGUCACUCUGUCUGUUACAGACUGCAGGGUGGGAGAUGCAACAAUGGUCUUGAGAACAGCAGGUGGUCGUCUUUCUCUGUUGGUCUUUCUCUGGUCUGUAGCAGUGGUACUGGGUCAGUAUGGCUGGAGUGUUACAUACACCACUCGGAGUAUCUGUACCUUGAAGGGGUCAACAGUGAAUCUGUCCAGCUCUUACACAUAUCCCAGUGGUACAGUCACAUCAACCUUCUGGUUCAUCAAAACGUUUGAUGUGGAGAAUUAUGUAAAUCUGAGAAAUGACUCAGACUACAAUGGUCGUGUGACGUACCAUAGUGAUAAGACGAAUGGCCACACCCUGACAAUCACAGACCUGAGAGAGAGUGACUCAGCUACGUACAAAUUCAGAUUCAUAACAGAUCAGACUGGAGGGAAAUAUUUUGGCAAUCCUGGAGUCACUUUGUCUGUUACAGGUCUGCUGGUGAAGGUGACUCCUCCCACUGUGACAGAGGGACAGAAGGUGACACUGACCUGUAGCACCACCUGUACUCUGGGUGACAACCCCACCUACGUUUGGUACAAGAAUGGACAUGUAACCACAAAAUCUACCAGUCUGUUCCUAAACCCAGUCAGCAGUGAGGAUGCAGGCAGAUUCUCCUGUUCUGUAGAAGGACAUGAGGAUCUCCACUCUGUUGAAGAGACUCUCACUGUCACAUAUGGCCCAAAGAACACCUCAGUGUCAGUCAGUCCCUCUGGUGAAAUAGUGGAGGGCAGUUCAGUGACUCUGACCUGCAGCAGUGAUGCCAACCCACCUGUGGACAAAUACACCUGGUACAAGAAGAACGUAGCCUCACCAAAAGCAUCAGGACAGAGUUACAGCAUCACUAACAUCAUCUCUGAGGACAGAGGAGGAUAUUACUGUGAGGCCCAGAAUGGAAGAGGAUCUAUGAACUCUACAGCUCUGAUGAUCAUUGUAGCAGGGAAACCCACCUCUUUUGUGACUGCAGCUGUAGGAAUCAUAGUGGUUGUUCUGGUUCUCAUCCUCUGUCUCUCUGGCUUCAUGUGGUUCAGGAAGAAGGCCUCCAAAUCCACCUCUGACACAAGAGAUACAUCAGAGAAUGUACAGGGAGACUCUAGUCCAGUGUAUGACAACAUCUCAGGCAUGGCCAUGACCUCUACUGCAGCACAGGCAGCUGACACAGACAACCAGGAUGAUGUUCACUAUGCCAGCGUCCACUUCUCUGGCUCCAAAAACCAGGAAGUGCCUCUAUACUCCACCGUCCAGCUGCCUCAGCCCCAGAUUCAGGACGAGGAUGUCCAGUAUGCUGCUGUGAAAUUCAGCCGCCCCAGUGCUGCCACCCGGUGAAUGUUUUCUGCCAUUACAACAGAGUCAAUACUAGAACACUGAACUCACAGACAUCAUCAAGGGCAUUCAUAUGCUGCUGUUUAUUGGAAGAGUAGACAAUGAUGUGAUCAAUAAGCAAAACGGUUGACCCCCUAGUGACAACUCAUUGUCCUUGAGAACUCCCUCCAUCAAUAGCUGAAGCACAGGGGGAUGGUGGCACCUUCAUUGGGGAGGAUGGACUCGUGGUAAUUGCCGGAGCGGAAUAAGUGGAAUGGUAUAAAAUACAUCAAACACAUGGUUUCCAUUCUACUUGCCUCGUUCCAGCCAUUAUUAUGACCCGUUCUCACCUCAGCAACCUCCUUCAGGACAAAGUGCAUUUCCUUGAACUCAUAAUAUGGUGUAACAAUGGACAUUUUGAAAAGUUGCACUCAGGGUUGGGGUCAAUUCCAUUUCGAUUUAGGAAAAUUCCAAUUCCAAUUGUUCCUCAUUGAAAAGCAUUGAGAAAAUCGGACAUUUCAGUUUACUUCCUGAAUUGAAAUGUGUUUCCUAAGUCAUUGGUUUAGGCCAAUUUUUAGUUGUGUCUUUAGACUAAACUUUAGCAAACAAUAAUCUGCACAAGACUAUACAGCUGCACUCUUAUUCGAUUCGAUGUAUGACAUUAACUUGGCAUUGAUAUUGAGACUGUCAAGCAUGAUACUAUAACGCUUAUUUAAUCGCUUAUCUGAACGUGUUUCUUACUUCUUGUCAAAUGUGAUGAGUGGCCAGUGUUUGUUUAUCCAUGAGAAAAUGUGAUGAGUGGCCAGUGUUUGUUUAUCCAUGAGAAAAUGUGAUGAGUGGCCAGUGUUUGUUUAUCCAUGAGAAAAUGUGAUGAGUGGCCAGUGUUUGUUUAUCCAUGAGAAAAUGUGAUGAGUGGCCAGUGUUUGUUUAUCCUUGAGAAAAUGUGAUGAGUGGCCAGUGUUUGUUUAUCCAUGAGAAAAGGUGAUGAGUGGCCAGUGUUUGUUUAUCCAUGAGAAAAUGUGAUGAGUGGCCAGUGUUUGUUUAUCCAUGAGAAAAGGUGAUGAGUGGCCAGUGUUUGUUUAUCCUUGAGAAAAGGUGAUGAGUGGCCAGUGUUUGUUUAUCCUUGAGAAAAGGUGAUGAGUGGCCAGUGUUUGUUUAUCCAUGAGAAAAUGUGAUGAGUGGCCAGUGUUUGUUUAUCCAUGAGAAAAUGUGAUGAGUGGCCAGUGUUUGUUUAUCCAUGAGAAAAUGUGAUGAGUGGCCAGUGUUUGUUUAUCCAUGAGAAAAUGUGAUGAGUGGCCAGUGUUUGUUUAUCCAUGAGAAAAGGUGAUGAGUGGCCAGUGUUUGUUUAUCCAUGAGAAAAUGUGAUGAGUGGCCAGUGUUUGUUUAUCCAUGAGAAAAGGUGAUGAGUGGCCAGUGUUUGUUUAUCCUUGAGAAAAGGUGAUGAGUGGCCAGUGUUUGUUUAUCCAUGAGAAAAUGUGAUGAGUGGCCAGUGUUUGUUUAUCCAUGAGAAAAUGUGAUGAGUGGCCAGUGUUUGUUUAUCCAUGAGAAAAGGUGAUGAGUGGCCAGUGUUUGUUUAUCCUUGAGAAAAGGUGAUGAGUGGCCAGUGUUUGUUUAUCCUUGAGAAAAGGUGAUGAGUGGCCAGUGUUUGUUUAUCCAUGAGAAAAUGUGAUGAGUGGCCAGUGUUUGUUUAUCCAUGAGAAAAUGUGAUGAGUGGCCAGUGUUUGUUUAUCCAUGAGAAAAUGUGAUGAGUGGCCAGUGUUUGUUUAUCCAUGAGAAAAUGUGAUGAGUGGCCAGUGUUUGUUUAUCCAUGAGAAAAGGUGAUGAGUGGCCAGUGUUUGUUUAUCCUUGAGAAAAGGUGAUGAGUGGCCAGUGUUUGUUUAUCCAUGAGAAAAGGUGAUGAGUGGCCAGUGUUUGUUUAUCCAUGAGAAAAGGUGAUGAGUGGCCAGUGUUUGUUUAUCCUUGAGAAAAGGUGAUGAGUGGCCAGUGUUUGUUUAUCCAUGAGAAAAGGUUAAUAAAUGCGUUCAUCCUCCA